AUGAGUGGAGGAGGGGAGCAGCCUGACAUCCUCAGUGUGGGAAUCUUGGUCAAAGAAAGAUGGAAGGUGUUGAGGAAAAUAGGAGGCGGAGGAUUUGGAGAAAUUUACGAUGCACUGGACUUGCUUACUCGGGAAAAUGUUGCACUGAAGGUCGAAUCAGCUCAGCAGCCAAAGCAAGUGCUGAAAAUGGAAGUAGCUGUGUUGAAGAAAUUGCAAGGAAAAGAUCAUGUCUGUAGAUUCAUUGGAUGUGGAAGGAAUGACAGAUUUAACUAUGUGGUCAUGCAGUUGCAGGGUCGAAACUUGGCAGACCUGCGUCGGAGCCAGUCUCGAGGAACCUUCACUAUUAGUACCACUCUACGGCUUGGGAAGCAGAUUUUGGAAUCUAUUGAAAGUAUUCAUUCUGUGGGAUUCCUGCACAGGGACAUCAAACCGUCUAACUUCGCAAUGGGACGUUUUCCUAGCACCUGUAGGAAGUGUUAUAUGCUGGAUUUUGGCUUGGCACGGCAAUUUACCAACUCAUGUGGGGAUGUCAGACCACCACGAGCUGUCGCUGGUUUUCGAGGAACAGUACGAUAUGCAUCUAUCAAUGCUCAUAGAAACAGAGAAAUGGGUCGGCAUGAUGACCUCUGGUCCCUGUUCUACAUGUUGGUGGAAUUUGUGGUUGGGCAACUGCCUUGGAGAAAAAUAAAAGAUAAGGAGCAAGUGGGCUCCAUUAAAGAAAGGUACGAGCACAGGCUUAUGUUAAAACAUCUUCCUCAAGAAUUCAGCAUCUUUCUGGAUCACAUUUCAAAUUUAGAUUACUUUACAAAGCCUGAUUACCAGCUUCUCAUGUCUGUGUUUGACAACAGCAUGAAAACAUUUGGGGUUAUUGAAAGUGACCCUUUUGACUGGGAGAAGAGUGGAACUGACGGCUCUCUGACAACGACAACAACUUCAACCACACCUCAGUUACACACUCGUCUUACUCCGGCUGCAAUUGGAAUUGCCAAUGCCACUCCUAUCCCAGGAGAUUUGCUGCGAGAAAACACAGAUGAAGUGUUUCCUGAUGAACAGCUCAGUGAUGGAGAUAAUGGUAUUCCAGUUGGUGUCUCACCAGAGAAACUGCCUGGAUCCCCUGGGCAUCAGCGUCCUCAGGAAAAAGACGUUUGGGAAGAAAUGGAUGCAAACAGAAACAAAAUAAAACUAGGGAUCUGUAAGGCUGCCACAGAGGAAGAAAACAGCCAUGGGCCAGUGAAUGGAAUGCUUAAUGCACCAAGUCUUGGUUCUCCGAUCCGUGUUCGCUCAGAGACCACCCAGCUAGACAGAGAUGUUCCACUGGUGCGAAAGUUACGUUCAAUUCACAGCUUUGAACUGGAGAAGCGUCUGACGUUGGAGUCAAAGCCAGACACUGAUAAAUUUCUUGAGACCUGUUUGGAGAAGAUGCAGAAAGACUUAAAUGUUGCGGCAGAGACUCCUGUUGCUGCUGUUCCUCCUCUUUCUCAGAAAACACCCAUCCUGCCUGUUCCUGCCCGCAUGGACCAUGUUUGGCACUAUGAUGAAGAAUAUCUUCCAGAUGCGUCAAAGCCUGUGUCAGCUGGUUCUCCAGAACAUGUUGAUGGGGUUAUUAGCAAUGGAUUUGUAGCUGUCAACUUCAGUUCCUGCAGGCAGGAGGUUGACUCAAAAGAAUGGGUGAUAAUAGAUAAGGAACGGGACUUGCAGGACUUCAGGACAAAUGAGGCUUUAGGGCACAAAACGACUGGAAGUCCCUCAGAUGAAGAGCCGGAGGUGCUACAAGUUCUAGAGGAGUCCCCUCCAGAAGACCAGCCCAGACAGGGUAGCAAGGCAGGAAACAGUGUCCAUGCCAAGAACCAAACCUCAGGGCUGGAGUUUGUUCUAACCAUGGAGUGUCAUCCUGCUGCUUCCGAACAGCUUACAGAUAAAUUGGAACUUCUGUCCGGAGCUGCUGGACAGCUUCUUGCAGCCACGCCUACAAGUCCUAUGGAAGCUCAAGCAGAAGGAGCACUCACUCCGAUAACGAUACCCAGACCUUCAGUGGCAUCCACACAGUCUGCUUCAGAAAGUUUUCAUUAUGGCCACCAGCUGGAGAAAAGAGAGCAGGAUGUUCAGUCUAUGGAACACACCGGGGAACUUUUCUCUCCAAAGGAAAAUUUGCCAGGUUUGGUUGUGACAGAAGACGCACUUCCAGCUAGUGCCAGCAGACCAGAUUUAGUACUUAAUAUCAGCCAAGAGGUGCUUGACAGGGAAGGACUUGUCAAAGAAUGUGUCAGCUUCCUAGAGUCUGGCCAAAAGGAUCUACCUGAACAACACAGUGGGACGCAGAAAGAGAAAGAAGUUGAAAUUGUUCCCAUAGAAGAGGCUGAGGAAGAAAGACUUCCAGUGGUUUCUGAUGACGCCAUUGAAAUGCUAAGCAAAGAACAGAAUUCUUCUUUGCCAGGAAACUCAAAAUCUGCAGAGGAAGAACCUCUAACAAAUACUGAAGCUGCUGAAGAAUCAAAGCCAAGGCCUGUCUGUCUGGUGCCAAAUCAAGAUGAGGUUCUGAAGUCGAUAGCACAUAAAACGUCAGAAUUUUCUCCCUCAAGACUUACCAAACCACAUGUUAAUAGACAGGCAAGCAAAAUGGCACCAGUUCAGGAAAAUGGGUUUCAUUCUAAUAAGGAAGAAGUCCAUAUCCAAGACUUGAAAUGCCACCAAGUGGCCCUUACUACUUUUUUGCACCAGGAGGACAAAAGAGAGAAAAAUGCUCCCAGAAAUGGAGAGCUAUUCCACUGCAUUUCAGAAAAUGAGAAUUCUCAUCGAUCUAAGAAGGACUUAGUUAAAUCGCCUUUUGUAUUCAGGCAGAGCCGAAUCCCAGUUUUAGCACAAGAGAUAGACUCAACGUCAGAGUCCUCUUCUCCCGUUUCAGCAAAGGAAAAGCUUCUUCUAAAAAAGGCCCAUCAGACAGACUUGGUCAGGCUACUUAUGGAAAAGAGACAGCUCAAAUCUUUCCUUGGUGACCUCUCAAGUGCCUCUGAUAAGUCACUGGAGGAAAAAAUGGCUCCUGCUCCAGUACCGGUUUCUGAGGACGAUGUCUUAUCCUCAUUUUCUAGAUUGACACUGGACUCUCAUUUCAGCAAGCAGACGGAAGAUAGCUCUGUAUCUCCAAGCAGCCCUCAGUCCAGAAGAAGCAAGAUUCCAAGGCCAGUGUCCUGGGCAACCACUGAUCAAGUCACCAGUUCAAGUUCAGCUCGGUUCUUUCCUCGGCCACCACCAGGAAAACCGCCUACUAGACCUGGGGUAGAAGCUAGGUUACGCAGAUACAGAGUCCUAGGGAGCAGCAGCUCGGACUCAGAUCUUAUCUCUCGUCUGGCUCAAAUCCUACAGAAUGGAUCUCAAAGACCAAGGAGUACUACCCAGUGUAAGAGUCCAGGAUCUCCACAUAGUCCAAAAACACCACCCAAAAGCCCUGUCAUCCCCCGACGCAGUCCCAGUGCCUCCCCUAGGAGCUCUUCUUUACCCCGUACUGCCAGUUCUUCUCCGUCCCGGGCUGGGAGACCCCAUCACGAUCAGAGGAGUUCAUCCCCACAUCUUGGGAGGAGUAAAUCACCUCCUAGCCAUUCAGGCUCCUCAUCUUCUAGGAGAUCUUGCCAACAAGAGCACUGCUGCAACAAACCAAGCAAGAAUGGUCUGAAAGGAUCUGGCAAUUCCUUCCACCAUUCCCCAAACCCUAAGACUCCCACAGGAAAAAGCAAAUCAACCACUAAGCUUAGCAGAUAG